AUGAAUCACUCGCGCCUCCUCUCCCAGGAGCCCAAAGAGGUUCAGAAGCUUCUUCGCUGCUGCCAGUCGUCGUCGUUCUUCUUCUAUCUGGACCUGCAGGAUAUCGAUGGACGACGGAUCAUGGGUGAUAAAGAGGCAUUGCUAAAGGCAACGAAAAGGAUUUUCAAUAGUCCAAUUAAGAAGAAAAUGGGUGCUGGACACCCAUUGCAGAAUCAUGGGUAUUGUAUAGUACAUUUUGAAAAGACAGUCAAGCAGCAGUUGAAAAACAAAAAAUAUAAGAUUUAA